AUGCGUAGCUCUAAGUUUAAGGUUGUGUGUGCCUUUGAAGAUGAGACCCUGAGGCUUCGGCAGCUGAAGUUGGACAAUCAGAGGGCACUGCUGGAGAAAAAGCAGAGAAAGAAGCGCCUUGAGCCACUCAUGGUACAACCCAACCCAGAAGCCAGGCUGCGAAGGUUAAAGCCGAGAGGUAGUGAGGAGCACAUGCCUUUGGUGGACCCUCAGACACCUCGCAGCGAUGUCAUCCUACAUGGCAUCGAUGGUCCAGCUGCUUUCCUUAAGCCAGGGGCUCAGGAUUUGGAAAGCCAGCCUCAAGUUCUCUCAGUGGGCUCCCCUGUGCCGGAAGAGGGCACUGAAGGGAGCGCAGAUGGGGAAAGCCCUGUGGAGACUGCCUCUAAGCAGGACCUGCAGGAGAUCCUCCAAAAACACGGCAUCUUGAGCAGUGUGAACUAUGACGAGGACACUGACAAUGAGGAAAACCGAGGACAAAACCUCAGCUCCCCAUCAGCUCACUCAGAAAAAGAGAGCUCUGAGGCCAGCCAGAAAGCAACCUCGGAGACGGGAGCUUCCAAUGUGACACCCCAGGAGGGUGAUGCCCAGCUCGGAGAAGUGGAGAAUUUAGAGGAUUUCGCAUAUAGUCCUGCGCCUCGGGGUGUCACAGUGAAGUGUCGAGUGACCAGGGAUAAGAAAGGCAUGGACCGUGGCCUCUUCCCCACCUACUAUAUGCACCUGGAGAAGGAGGAGAAUCGCAAGAUAUUUCUUCUUGCUGGUAGAAAGCGAAAAAAGAGCAAAACAUCCAACUACCUGAUCUCCACAGAUCCCACUGAUUUGUCUCGUGAAGGGGAAAGCUACAUCGGCAAACUCAGAUCCAAUCUCAUGGGAACCAAGUUCACAGUGUAUGACCAUGGUGUCAACCCAGUCAAGGCCCAGGGUCUGGUGGAAAAGGCCCACACCCGGCAGGAGCUGGCCGCCAUCUGCUAUGAAACAAAUGUACUUGGUUUUAAAGGUCCUAGGAAGAUGUCUGUGGUCAUUCCGGGGAUGAACAUGAGUCACGAACGCAUCCCCUUCCGGCCACGAAAUGAACACGAGAGCUUGCUUUCAAAAUGGCAAAACAAAUCCAUGGAGAACCUGAUCGAACUGCACAACAAGGCUCCGGUGUGGAAUGACGACACCCAGUCCUAUGUCCUGAACUUCCACGGCAGGGUCACCCAGGCGUCUGUGAAGAACUUCCAGAUCGUCCAUGGCAACGACCCUGACUACAUAGUCAUGCAGUUUGGACGUGUGGCUGAUGACGUGUUCACACUGGACUAUAACUACCCACUGUGUGCGCUUCAAGCCUUCGCCAUCGGGCUGUCUAGCUUUGACAGCAAGCUGGCGUGUGAAUGAGACACAGCAAGCAGGGGACUUCGUCACCACCGAGCCUUCAGGAGCAGAAAGCUGCUGCCCUCGGCCCUGCCCCAGCACAAGAAGAGCAGCACUCUGCCCCUUUGGGGAGUGAGUGAUCGAGUGUUCCUGUGAAUGUGCAUGUGUGUUUAAACAUGCAGACACAUACACAUUUGGACACGUGCUUCCACACACUCGUUCACGCCUUCUCUGAACCUCAGAGACCUGGCCGUAGAUCACAGCUUCACACGGGUGACAGACGGCUUAAAGCACAGGGAGGUGAACACCUGGGCACACUGGUGACUCCUGGCCACACAACAGUUCUGUGUGGCCAGCGUAGCUUUCCUGUGCUCAGGUACUUCCAACAGAAUCAGACCCUAAUGACUAAAUACUCGGGCCUCCAUUUUUGAAGACACUUUCAAAAGGGGGCAAUUCCCUUGAUGCCUUUAGCCUCUAAGACAGGAGCCUACAGACUCUCUCAGCUAAUGGUCUGAUAGCAUCUCUUGCAACUCCAGUCAGUUCCUUUAGCACAAAAACAGCCAUAACUAGUUGGUGCACAAAGAGUGUAGCUGUGUCCCAAUAAAACUAUUUACAGAGUGGGCAUUGGCCUAAUAUGGCCUGUUCCUCUGGUUUUCAGGUCUGCUUCAGGUGUGUCCCUGGACUCCAAGGCUGGAGCAUCUUCCAGAACGUUAGUGGAGAGGGGCACAGUUUACUUUUCAGUAGCAGCAG